CAUAAUACCUGGGCGCUCUGCGUGGCCGCCCCGCUGUCACCUAUAUUAGCGACUCAUCCUGGUCCAAGGCUGGCGCUUCGCUGAGUCUUCCCCCAACCGGUCCGACGUCUACCCCAGCCCCCUCUUCGUCUCGGGCGUCGCUGCCGGUCCUGAACCAUCACCAUGUCCCUCCAUACCUCCUACCACGCCGACUCGGAUGCCGACGACGAGUAUGAGCGCAGCGUCAUCACCUCACCUCAUCUGGCCACCGAUUCCGAGGCCUCCCCUUCCGAGUCCGAAUUCCCGUCGGCAGAACACACCCCAACCACCCUGGCAAACGCCGACGAGAAUCCCCGAUCGCCCAGAACAAUCAUCACAGAAUGGACUGCGGAGGAGUGUGCCAACUUCGUUGCCGCCCUGGGUUUCCGUCAGUACUGCGGAGCGUUUCGAGAAAACGAAAUCGUUGGCGAGGCGCUCAUCGCUCUGAAGCACGAUGAACUGAAGGAGAUGGGCAUUGUCAGUGUUGGGCAUCGGUUGACCAUCUUGAAGAGCGUGUACGAAAUCAAGGUCAAGCAAGAUAUUCCAGUCGACGCCGACCACUACAUCCCACUUUCCGCGGACCAGAGCAUGAACGAAGGUGCGACCCAGGACGAUGUUGCCCGGUUGAUCCAGUCUAUCCGGCUACGCGAUGAGCGCAUUGUCACGAUGGAGUCGGAGAUGCGGCGUAUUGCGGAGGAUUACCGUCGACUGCGCGAGGAGCUUCUUCCCGUGUUCAAGAUGGCGAAGAACAGAUCGCAACCGCUUCCCCCGCCGUCCGCCGCGCCGACGUCCGGGUCGGACACAUUUCACGACAGCCAAACACUCACCUCCCCGUCGUCGGGCAUCACCCUCCUGGAUCGCUCUGGCUCGAUCCUGUCGCGGACCUUUUCCAAGAGGGGCCACACGGGCGGCAUAACUCCCAAGACCAACUCUCCCACCCACAUCCCCCCCUCCAUCCACGAAAGUCGAAUGUACAGCGACGGACUCGAUCCGUCCGCGGCCAAUUCCUCCCACAUGACCAUGCUCAAUGGAAAGUCGCAACUGUCACCCGGGAUCCCGUCUCCUACAUCACCCGGCAACCACUACACACCCCAAACGCUGGCCUCCCGUGCAUACACACAGCCGAGCUCCAGCAGCAUCAACCACGCCUCUUACAGCCACCACGACGACUCGGCGCCAGCAACCGCUCGACCCGAUCGCCUGAAUCCUACGCCGACACAGGCCACGCGCCCCGACAUCCCCACCCGGUCGGACUCCCGGGCGGGCGGGGAUCCACCCAGUGUUGAGAUCUUCAAAUCCUUCCGCGUGUCGCAGGACGACCCGUGCUAUAAGGUCCUUCCGGCGGCACUGAAGAAGUACAACAUCAACGCGGACUGGAAACAAUACGCCCUCUACAUCGUGUACGGGGACCAGGAAAGGUGCCUCGGUCUGGAGGAGCGACCGCUGCUCCUCUUCAAGAACCUGCAGAACGAGGGACGCAAGCCGAUGUUCAUGCUGCGGAAGCACGUCCACCCGAUCGAAGGCGCCAUGUACUCCGGCGGUGGCGGCGGCGGAGGGUCUGCGCCGAACAGCGCUGGGUUCGAGGGACGACAAGCGCAGAUCAACCUGCCGGGCGGAGUUUUGUGAGCUCGCAAGAACCGACCUGUUUCAUUGUUUGAGAUACCCUAGGCCCCUUGACCGGGC